CCACAUAAAAUUCAGAAUAGAAAUCAGACAUUAAAAUACAUUUUUAAAUAUUCUUUCUUUAAAAUCUUUUUUUCCAUCUUAAAUGGUACCUAUAGUUUUGUCCAGCCCUGUCUUUUUGUCGAAAAGUAUAAAUACGUUUUAUUUGAAUUCAGUUGUAUGUAAUCAAUAAUCAGGUGAUUGCCCUAUGUGUCAUAGGGAGAACCCACGUGGCUCCUCCCGUUUAAAUAACAAUAACAAAGGUUGGGAGGAUACAUCGAUCACAUUAUUUAACAUUGCCUUUUGUACUAUAGAAACGCCUAGGUAAACUUUUUAUCAAAAGCUUGUAGGACGUUUUCCAUUACGUAAACAACGUGCGUAGCCUUUAACAACGGGCGUGGUUUCCUGGUGCAUGUUUUGCUUCCUCAAUGCGGAAGAUAAACCAGCAGGGAGCUCAGAAUUCCUGAUAAACUCAACCAGACCCGAGACAACUUUCUAAGGAUUUUGUGAGACCUGAAGUGUGCGACUUGUCAGGUGACAAAAAAUACCCAUGUGGCCAAAUCAAGGUCCUCGCCCUCCACUGGGCCCACCAAACCCUGCCUUCCCUCCUGCCUACAACCCUGCAUAUCCUGCUGCACCCCCAUCAGGACUCUUCCCCCAACCUCCAAAUCCUGCAUACCCAGCCGGGCAAUUCCCAGCCGGGCAAUUCCCAGCCGGACAAUUCCCAGGUGGCAUGAACCCUAUGUUCCCACAGGCACCACCAGGGGCAAUGCCUCCGGGAUCUGGUCUUUUUCCUCCGGCUCCAGGUGGAUAUCCAGUGGUCCCUCCUGCAGGUGUUCACCCAGGUCCAUACCCACACUCUCCAAAAGGGUGUCACAAAAAAGGCCAUAAAGACCACAAAGGUCACAAAGGUCACAAAGAUCAUAAAGGUCAUCAUGGAGGGUUAAAUCCCAUGGGUGGAGCAUGUGCCGGAGGAUUGGCAGGAAUGGGAAUGGGAAUGGGAAUGGGGUAUGGCGGGCAUAAAGCUCACAAAAAGAUGAAGAAGAUGAAGAAGGGGAAGAAAUUACACAAGGAUCACAAACACGGCAAGUCCUCCAGCAGCAGCAGUAGCAGCAGCAGCAGCAGCAGCAGUGAUGAAGAAUAAAGACCAACACUUCAAGACAAGUAUUUCACAGAAAUGUCAAAGGGCAAUCUGACUGUUGACAAUAAACACACUAAAGUCUUACUUAUUACUUUCAACAGGAUGUAACAAAGAAUAGUUUUAUCAUAUCUUGCAUGGGCUAUUUAUACUAAAAAUGUAUAAACUGUUGCUGUAUCUGCAUUCCAUCAUGUAUUGAAUUAAUAUUAUUUUAUUAAUUUUCUGGUGUUGAUGUCAAAUAUAGCAUAGUUACUGCUUCUGUAAAUACCCUACAAAUAGCCUACACUAGUGUACAAACAUACUGAAAUACUUUGAAGAGGGACUAAUCGAAGACGGAUUAACCUAGAAGUAGAGAAUGAUACUGACACUGAAUGACCAAAGAUUGUAUGUAGACUACAUCAUUCUGCAUUGUUUUUAUCUGUACUAAUUGUAACCAUAAUGUAAAGGGUCUCCAAUUUAAGCUGCUCAAUAAAAUGAAUUUAAAUUAAAA